GAAGCGCUGAAAGACAGAGCGAGCGCAAAGUGACAAGACCUUCCAAUACCGCCAGAUAACAUCCACAACGUUAUGAGACACCAGAAACCAAAGCAAUAGCGGAAAUAAGACGAGGAGAGAAGGAAACGUCUGCUGCAGUUUAACCAGGGAUUGCCAUUGGAUCACUUUGUUUUACCGGCACAUGUAGCGUCUUGCGCGUGAUGAUAAGCAUAUGCGCAGAAGCCGUUCUCUGGCCCCUAUAGAGAGAGGUUGCGCUUGGAAGUGUACGAAACUUUUUUUAUAUAUUUUGUUUUGCCUGUGCCGUUUUGGAAUUAGAUAUAUUAAACGUCGACUUUCCGUUAUACUGUGGAUUUUAAAGGCGAAAAAGGAGAGCCAAUAUAUAAGUGUGGAUUUUCUCCGGUUUCUUUUCUUUAUUAUUAUUUUAUUGUGCUGUUAUUGCUAUUAUAUUAUAUUUUCUGGAGGAGCGCUAACGUCCAAGAAGUUCAUCUGAGUGGAUUCGACGCAGGUGCUUCGGUCCUGAAGGGCAGAAUGGAAUUGUUACUUUGACCCACGAUAUCACACGGUUCAUUCAUAUUCAUACUCCACUUUUAAUAGUUCUGAGAGCCAGAGACUGUUCAGUGACGCUCGCCGCAACACACCACUGGAAUUACAACCAUGAACUUUGUUGUUUAUUCGAUACAAUUAUUUUUUGCGGCUCUCCUUCAUCUGUCUGCUGUUAAGGCUGCCCACAUACCCAAAGAAGGGAUGAAGAGCAAAAACGAGGUGAUUCCCUUCAUGGAUGUGUACAAAAAGAGUGCAUGUAAGACGCGAGAGAUGCUGGUAGACAUCAUUCAGGAGUAUCCUGACGAGAUCGAGCACACCUACAUCCCGUCCUGUGUGGUUCUCAUGCGCUGUGCAGGCUGCUGCAAUGACGAAGCGCUCGAGUGUGUCCCUACAGAGACCCGCAACGUCACCAUGGAGGUACUGCGAGUCAAACAACGUGUAUCGCAGCAUAAUUUUCAACUGAGUUUCACUGAACACACCAAGUGUGAAUGCAGGCAAAAGGUAGAAGUCAAAUCAAAGAAAGAAAACCACUGUGAGCCUUGCUCAGAGAGAAGAAAGCGCUUGUAUGUGCAGGACCCCCUCACCUGUACAUGCUCCUGCAAAUUCACACAAUUGCAAUGCAAGUCCAGACAACUUGAGUUAAACGAAAGAACUUGCAGAUGUGAAAAGCCAAGAUGAUGAGCGGCGCGUUGAGCAGAACAAUGAAUGAAGGAUUUUUUUUUUUUUUACGGCACAGCACUUUUUAAACCUGAGGAUGCAUUCCCUGGACGAACUGCAAACACUAGCCUGAACGAAAGACAGAGAAUGAAACGAGGGCAGGAGAUACCAUCCCGAUGUAAAUUUUUAAGAUAUUAAUAUAUGAAUAUAUAGAAUAUAUAUUAUAUAUAUUAAAUGACAAUGACAAUGUGUGUCGCUGCUAUCACCUACAAGUAAACGAAGACGCUGCUUGGCGUGUGAAUGGGAUAUAUUUCAGUGUCACUGCACCUGGGCCUGUGAUUGGACAGAACGCAGUGAGGUAAAGCUUCACUGGAUCGGCCUGCUGUGGAUUCAUAUUUAAAGACUCGGAUCGAAUGUCCAAGACUUCACUGAAAGGUGCAAACGACAGCCUCCAAGCCUUUACAUGAACAGUUACAGACUGUCAAUCAAAGGAGAGGAAGUGACAUAAUAACGAUUCUUUCCGGAAUGUUCGGAACAGUGGGUCCAGGCAUGGGAUACGAAUGCGAAACUAUCUCUUUCUGUGAUGUCACUCUCACUAGGGUGAAGUCUUAGUCACCCUGUACUGACUAACAUCCAAUAGGACUUGGUGUGAUAAUACUAAAGGGAUAUUACAUAUAUGUACAUACGGAGAUUUAAAAAAAAAAAA